CGGUCUAGUCGCGGCGGACGGGAUCCGGGCCUGGAGGCCUCGCCGCGCUCACUGUCUGUCCUCACCCCCGCCGCCCGCCGCCCAGUGUGGUUUCCCUUGGGGACCACAGGGAACUUCUACAUCCUGCCUGGAUUCUACUUUUAACCCUGAGACCAAGAAACUGAGGCCCAAGAACAGGUCAAGAUGGGGUUUAUAUUCUCAAAAUCUAUGAAGGAAAACAUGAAAAACCAACAGGAGUUUAUGCUUAUGAAUGCUCGACUCCAGCUGGAAAGACAGCUAAUAAUGCAGAAUGAAAUGAGAGAAAGGCAAAUGGCUUUGCAGAUUGCUUGGUCUCGAGAAUUCCUCAAGUAUUUUGGAACUUUUUUUGGCAUUGCAGCCAUCUCUUUAACAGCUGGGGCAAUAAGAAGGAAAAAGCCAGCCUUCCUCUUCCCUAUCAUUCCGUUAGGCUUUGUCUUCACCUACCAGUAUGACUUAGGAUAUGGAACCCUUCUCCAAAGAAUGAAAGGUGAAGCUGAGAACAUACUGGAAACAGAAAAGAGUAAGUUGCAACUGCCAAGAGGAAUGAUCACUUUUGAAAGCCUUGAAAAAGCCAGAAGGGAACAGAGUAAAUUCUUCAUAGACAAAUGAAAUAAUGUUUACCCACCGAACCUCAAAACACUUCAUCGUUGACUUGAAUCAUGGUUUUUACAAUUUUUUUAGAUGCUUGAGAUUUUGAUAUAAUGGAUGUUAUUUUAAAAUGUUAAAAUGCAAGAUGGGUUUUGUUAAAUGAUUUUAAAAAUAAAAUUUAUAACAUCGACACAAACUCAUGAAGGUACUCUAAAUAGCUUUCUAUUUCCUAUAUAUGUGUGUAUCACAAAUAUCUAAAUGUAUAAUUAAUA